UAUAAGUAGCGGGAGCCCGAGACUCCAGAAGGGCAGUUUUAUAUCACCUGGAACUGUGGCCUGAAGACUUCCUAGUCUGUGUUAUCUUUGUGAACAACCUAACAGUGAAGUUGUGCAGAACCAACUUGUGGAUAAACAAUCUAUUGGUUAUUGUGGACCUUAAGAAAUGCUGUCUGUCUGUCGAAAGAUGAAGAGGAAGCAUCUGUGGAUUGGGAUCCUGACAGCAGUACUCUUGGUUCUCAUUGUAUUCCUUGGAGUUUACUUUGGGCUGCGUUCUAAGUCCUCCUUUAGGCAACAAGAUCUGCCUGUCUAUAAGAGUGCAGCUGUGGCCACAGAUGCUGGCCAGUGUUCCAUUGUGGGGAGGGAUAUUCUUCAAAAAGGGGGAUCAGCUGUGGAUUCUGCCAUUGCAGCUCUGCUCUGUGUGGGCCUGAUGAAUCCUCACAGCAUGGGUAUUGGAGGAGGCCUCUUCUUCACCAUACAUACAGCUAAUGGGAAAGUGGAAGUCAUUAAUGCCAGAGAGGUGGCGCCGAAGAACGCAUCUCUGAACAUGUUUGGCAACAACUCAGCCCUGUCCCAGAAAGGAGGAUUGUCCAUAGCUGUUCCUGGAGAAAUCCGUGGUUAUCAAAUGGCGCACAAGCGCCAUGGCAAACUACCAUGGAAGGAGCUGUUUCUGCCCAGCAUAGAACUGGCAAGGGAGGGUUUCCCUGUCGGGAAAGGCCUGGCAGGUGCUCUCAGCAGCAAGCAGCAGGCAGUUGAAAGCAAUCCAUCUUUGUGUGAGGUUUUCUGCAAAGGAGGAAAAGUCCUCAAAGAGGGGGAGAUACUCAGACUGCCUAAACUAGCGAACACCUAUGAGACACUAGCCAAUGAGGGACCAGAUGCCUUUUAUAACGGAAGCUUAGCUCAGCAAAUUGUCACAGACAUCAAGAAUGCAGGGGGGAUCGUUACACUUGAAGAUCUGCAGAAUUAUGAGCCAGUUCUAGAUGAAAAUCCAUUAAAAGCGACCCUUGGCGAGUUCACAAUGUAUGUGCCCAACGCCCCACUGAGCGGUCCUGUGCUAGUGCUCAUCCUCAAUAUACUGAAAGGAUAUCAUUUCUCCAGCCGCAGUGUUGAGACUCUGGAGGAAAAGGGCUUGACUUACCACCGCAUUGUGGAGGCUUUCCGAUUUGCCUAUGCGAAGAGGACUUUAUUGGGGGACCCAGCAUUUGUCAACAUCACUGGGGUAUAUAGCACAUAA